GUGGGCGCCCCGCCGCUGCCGAGCGGAGUGCGGCCCCGUGAGUACUGCGGGAGCGGAGCCGGCGCGAUGGCCGGAGGCGGGCGGGACCGCGGGGAGGGGGAGCGAGCCGUGCGGUGCGUUCUCGGCGAUGCUUCUCCCUGGCGCGUCCUUCCGAGGCCGCGCUAUCGAUGAGGCGCGGAGGAGAGGGACAAAGGAGAAGUGCCGCGCUCGGUGGCCAGCAAGCUCGAUUAGAAGUGAGAUGAGGGCAUGAAGAGCUGCUUGCAUGGCACAGAUGUGGCAGUGGCUCAUCUGGAUGUCACCUGGCCACCCCCUUGUGACUGGAAGAGUUUGACAGAAGCUGCUGAGGACAGCGAAGGAUCCUGGAGAUGAAGGUGUUUCUUGAACUCUUCAGCGCCUCACGCGGCUGUUGUGUUUGGGGAUAUCCUGCCUUAAAUCCUGGACAAAAAUCUGCCAACAGCCAAAAAUGACCUGAGUGGGAGAGCCACUGCUUUGUCCAACAGGCCCAGCUUCCUGCCCCGUGCUCACUGUCCCGUUUGGAUGCGACGUACACUAUGGUUCACAUCAAUGUGCUGAAAAAAUUCAUGUGUGUUCUUGUGGUGAUACUGAUAGCUCUGACGGUUUGCCUGUGGAAAGAGACAAGAGGAAGCUACUAUGUUCCUUUGAAGAACGAUGGCACACAGGUUCACAGGGCUCUGGACAAAUGGAACCUACUUAAAUCGCAGGGCCUCCUCCAUGAAGCUGCUGGUGAAAUGGGUCAGAUGCCUAAAGCAUUGCCCAACAACCAAAACAAGGUAAAAGGCAUCACCUCUGGAGCAGUAGAGAAGUCCAGGAAAGCAGCAGAGCACGUGAAGGUAUGGGAUAAGGACAGCUCGUCCAGAAACCUCAUACCCAGGCUGCAGAAGGUCAGGAAGAACUACCUGUCCAUGAACAAGUACAAUGUGACUUACAAUGGGAAGAUGAAUGCUGCUAAACUCAGCCCAGAGCAGCUGCUGUGCCGGCUGCGGGACAGGGUGAACGUGACCAUGAUACGGGGAUCGGACGGUCCAUUUAAUUCCUCAGAAUGGCAGCACUACCUGCCAGACAAAAGCCUCAAUGAGACGGUGGGCCGCCUGGGUCGCUGUGCUGUUGUGUCCUCAGCAGGCUCUCUGAAAUCAUCUCACUUGGGACCAGAGAUAGAUAGCCAUGAUGCUGUCUUGCGGUUUAAUGGGGCUCCUGUCAAAGGAUUUCAAGAAGAUGUGGGGCAAAAAACGACGAUUCGUCUUGUCAACUCCCAGCUGGUCACUGUUGAGGAGCAGCAGUUCCUGAAAGAUGCGCUGUAUAACACUGGAAUCUUGAUUGUCUGGGAUCCAGCACCGUAUCAUGCAGAAAUCCAUGAGUGGUACCGAAAACCAGACUACAAGUUUUUUGAAGCCUACAAGUCGUAUCGUAUUAGACAUCCGGAGCAGCCCUUUUAUAUCCUGAACCCAAAGAUGCAGUGGCAACUCUGGGAUAUUCUGCAGGAGAAUUCCCUGGAGCAUAUUCAGCCUAACCCACCGUCUUCAGGAAUGCUGGGCAUUGUGAUCAUGAUGACGCUCUGUGAUGAGGUGGAUGUGUAUGAAUUUCUCCCUUCUAAGCGGCAGACGGACAUUUGCCACUACUACCAGAAGUUUCACGACCAUGCCUGCACCAUGGGAGCUUACCACCCUCUCCUGUUUGAGAAGAACUUGGUGAAGCAUUUAAACCAAGGCACCGAUGAGGACAUCUAUACUCACGGGAAGGUUACUUUGCCUGGCUUCCGAAAUGUACAUUGCUAGCGAAUCGGUUUUUAUUGCAUUUAGACUUUUGCCUUGACUGUUGAAGCACUUUGAAAAUCAGGGUUGUCAUAUUUGUUAGGUCUAAGCACUGGUGUGUUUUGACGGCUCUUCCGCGUUGCAGGACUCUGAGGCAUAGCUCCUCCGAACUGGAAGGCAGUGCAAUACGUUGGGGUACAUCCACGCAGCGUCUGCGUGAGCCCAUGCAAUAAAUGUCCUCCUGGUGGGGCUGGGCUCGUGCUGCUGGUGGAUAUCUGUCUUCAGCUCAACUGAUGAUGCCGUGUGGGAAUCGCGGGAGAUGCUUUCUAAGCAGAGACUGCACAAGUCCGAAUCGAGUGCUGAUAAAGUUCAGCUUGCUCCAAAGGGGUUCUGACAGCCGAAAGCCUGAUCUGCUGAGAAACAAGAAGCAUUCUUGAACACUUGUUCUUAUCGCCCUGGAGCUCUUUGGAGCAGUGAUUGAAGGAAUCACUGUUAAAGCUGGGUGCUGAUAAGCUCAUCUCCUAGUCCAAAAUAUUUGAUCUUACCAUUCAGAUAAGCAAGGCAGCUUCCUUUCAAAAUAUAAUGCUUUUAAAUCAUCCGAGUGGCGUUUUUGGGGUAUGAGAAGAGAGGCGAUUCACAAUUCGGGAAUUUCUGCAAGAUAUUUUUAGACAUUUUAGUGGUUUUCUUUUUAUUAAUAGCUUUGAGCGGUUUUACUGACCAUUUACUUCUCCAGUACAGCGUCGUGUUUGGUACAGAAGCAGCCGUAUUCUGAAAACAUGGUGGUGGUGGUGGUGGUGUUGAAAGGCACAGAUGGGAAUACUCACUGGAAGCUGGUACUUCUUUCCAACUCUCUGCUAAUCUACCUCUGUGAUUAUGGGCAAAUUGUUUUCUGUCUCAUCUGCAGUAACAAAAAAGCCACACAGCAGCUGGACGGAUGAGAUGCAGCUCUCUGCAAGCUAACCUGGGCCAUCCCGUCGCUGUUGUGUGCUUUCUGAAUGCGUGGCGAGCAGCUGCAUUGCCUCCAUUCCUCACCGGCAGCGAGGAAGGAGAGUGUGCUCUGCUCCCCGUGCUGGAACUCGGGCAGAAGGGAGCGGGGCGCCUUUUCCCUCUCAUGUAGCCUCAUGGUGGAAGCAGCAGCUCUGCAAUCUCUGUGUGUCAAUGAGAACACCUUCUGAGCCCUUUUCCAUACUGAUGUAUUCCGUGGUUAUCUGUAAAGAAAACCUUUUCUUCUCUUGUUUUGAAUAAAUCCUGUGAAGU